AUGGGUGUUAAAACAUACAAAAUUGGCUCUGUGGCAGGCAGUUCUAGUGACCGCAAAUCUUCGAGCAGCUCAACGACUUCAAAGAUUUCUCAGGAAUCUGCUAACCUACCUGAACCAUUUCCUAGUCCUCGAAUUCCACCCCUUGGAAAGAAACGACUUGCCAACGUCCCCCCAUCCGAUUACAGCAAAAUGGUUCUCAAUCAAGCCAAAGUUAAAUCCGUCUUGAGCGGCGACAGUCUGGUACUUUCUUCAAUCGAGAACCCUGAACGCGAGCGCAUCUUGUCUUUAGCUUAUUGCAGCUCACCACAUCUACGAAAGGAGGGCGAUGAACCUUUUGCAUUUCAGUCUCGCGAUGCCUUGCGAAAAUUAGUCGUGGGCAAGGUUGUACAAUUCAAAGUACUGUAUCAAAUCCCAAAUACCAAGCGCGAAUACGGACUCGUUUUCCUCAAUGAUGGAACCAAACUACCUGAAGAAAUGAUAAAGGAAGGCUGGCUCAAAUUGAGAGAAGACGCUGGCCGCAAAGAAGACUCGGAAACGGCUCUUCUACAAUUGGACGCAUUGCGUUUAUACGAGGCUACCGCACGCAGUGAAGACAAGGGCCUGUGGCAAAGCGAUUCAGGACGUAUUGAGAUCCAACAUGACAUGGGCGACUCACAAACUUUCCUGGAUACAUGGAAGGGAAAGACCAUUGGUGGUUUGGUCGAACGUGUAUUAAGUGGUGAUCGAAUGCUUGUGCGUCUGAUUGUUUCCCCCACGAAGCAUAUCCAAGUUAUGACUUUGGUUGCCGGUAUACGCGCACCAGCUACUGAGAGGGUCAACCCAUCGAAUGGACAAACUGCCCCCGCGGAACCUUUCGGAAAUGAAGCACGACAUUUCGUCGAGGAACGACUGUUGCAAAGAAAUGUAAAGAUACAUAUUCUUGGACUUAGCCCUCAAAAUCAGCUCAUCGCUUCAGUCAUACACCCUAUGGGAUCGAUUGCCAAAUUUAUCCUCGAAACUGGACUUGCACGAUGUACCGAUUUCCAUUCUACACUCCUCGGCUCAGACAUGGCGACAUUGCGUGAGGCUGAAAAGCAUGCGCAACACGCUAAGCUCGGUCUGUUCAAGGACCAUGUUGCAAAGAUUGAUGGUGCAGGUGGAAGUCUUGAGGCAACAGUCACCAAGAUAUUCAGUGCGGAUCAGAUUUUUGUUCAGAACAAAGCAGGUGUUGAGAAGCGCAUAAACAUCAGCAGUAUCCGCGGACCCAGACCUAGCGAGCCAUCCGAGUCACCUUUCAGAGAUGAAGCCAAGGAAUUUCUUCGAAAACGACUCAUCGGAAAGCAUGUUCGCAUUAGCAUUGAUGGAUCAAGACCGGGCACUGAAGACUACGAUGCAAAGGAAGUUGCUACCGUUACUUUCAAUGAAAAGAAUAUUGGUCUGCAACUCGUUCAAGAAGGUUGGGCCUCUGUGAUCCGCCACCGAAGAGACGAUACCGAUAGAGCCCCCAACUAUGACGAUCUUUUAGCGGCACAAGAAAAAGCCAAGGAUGAGAAGAAGGGAAUGUGGUCUGGCAAGGCUGCCAAGGCAAAGCAAUAUCUUGAUGUCUCUGAAUCUGUCCAAAAGGCUAAACUUCAUGUUGGAACCUUGCAACGACAAAAGAAAGUUCCGGCCAUUGUUGAUUUUGUCAAGGGUGGUGGUCGAUUCGUUGUACUCAUUCCUCGUGAAGGCAUUAAACUUAACUUUGUUCUCGCCGGUAUUCGAGCUCCUAAAUCUGCUAGAAACCCAAGUGAGAAGAGCGAACCAUUUGGUAAAGAAGCACAUGAUCUUGCUACACGAAGACUAUCACAACGUGAUGUUGAGAUUGACGUAUUCAACACUGAUAAAGUUGGUGGCUUCAUUGGUGAACUUUACAUUAACAAGGAGAGCUUUGGUAAAAUUUUAGUCGACGAAGGGUAUGCAACUGUCCAUCAACACUCGGCCGAACAAUCCGGAAACUCCAAGGAAUUAUUAGCAGCCGAGAAGCGUGCAAAGGAAGCUCGAAAGGGUAUCUGGGCAGAUUGGGAUCCAUCGGUAGACGAGGAAGAGGAAGAAACCGAGACUACCAAUGAUAAUAGUAGUGACAUCACUCCAAUCAAGAGAGAAAAGGACUACCGAGAUGUUAUGGUUACCAACAUUCUUGAAGAUGGAAAGUUAAAACUUCAAAUCAUCGGUACUGGUACUUCGGCUCUGGACAUUAUGAUGACUCAGUUUAAGUCUUUCCAUUUGAACCCAUCUAACUCAACUAGUCUUCCUGGUCCACCCAAGGCUGGAGAUUAUGUUGCAGCCAAGUUCACCGCGGAUGGUCAAUGGUAUCGUGCCCGUAUACGUUCCAACGAUCGUACAGCCAAGGAAGCAGAAGUUGUCUACAUAGAUUUUGGCAACAGCGAGAAGAUUCCCUGGGCACAUCUCCGACCCCUUUCCCAACCACAAUUCUCAACGCAAAAGCUUCGUCCCCAAGCCGUCGAUGCCAUCCUCACCCUCCUUCAAUUCCCAACCAACAAAGACUAUCUAGACGAAGCCAUCGAUUUCAUAACCCACAAAACCGCAGACAGAGAACUCGUCGCAAAUGUUGACUACACGGCUCCAGAUGGAACGCUACACGUCACGCUUUUCGAUGCAAAGAGUCAGAAUCUCACUGAUAGUAUCAAUAAUGAUGUGGUAGCAAUGGGUCUCAGUAUGGUGCCAACAAAGUUGAAGGGCUGGGAGAAGGGCUUUGCGGAUGUUAUUGAGUCGUUGACGAAGAGUCAGUCGUUGGCGAGACAGAAUCGUCAGGGUAUGUGGGAGUAUGGUGAUGCUUAUGAGGAUUAG